CACAGAGGGAGAGAGAGAGACGCAGAGAAGUUGUCUCUCCUGCGAUACCACGGACAGAAGCGUGGCACCGACGGGAUACAGACCACACCAGGUGACCAGAAGACCCCAGAAAGAGAGAGAGAGUGAAAGGAGAGAGUGAAAGUGGAAGAGAGAGGGAGAGAGAGGGAGAGAGAGGGAGGAAGCCAGCAGCGACCUCCUACCCAACAACCUCGGAAGAGAACCCAUAAAAUGAAUUCAGACUCCAGCCCCAGCAGCAGAGCCUCUUCCCCGGACAUGGACCGCAUGUUUCUCAGAGAACUCCACCCACUACACCACCUUCACCACCACCACGUCGGCUCCUCAGUGUCCUCCUCCACGCAGAAGAUUUCCGAGCACCUGCGCUCCGGAGACCCCAACUCAGUGUCCGUGGAGAGCAGCAGCAGCAGUAGCAGCAGCAGCAGCAGCAGCAGCAACAAGUACAAGCUGAAGAAACCAGUCAGCGAGGAGGAGAUGUUCGAGCUGCGACUCAAGAUCAACGGCCGGGAGCGCAAGCGCAUGCACGACCUCAACCUGGCCAUGGACGGCCUGCGGGAGGUGAUGCCCUACGCGCACGGGCCCUCGGUGCGGAAGUUGUCCAAGAUCGCCACGCUGCUUCUCGCCAGGAACUACAUCCUGAUGCUCAACAGCUCCCUGGACGAGAUGAAGCGGCUGGUGGGGGAGAUUUACGGCGGGCAGCACUCGGCCUUCCACUGCGGCACCGGGCCCGGUGGACACUCCGGGGGCCCGGCCGCUGCAGCCGCUGCCGCCGCCGCCGCCGCCGCCGCGCACCAUGUGCACCCUCUCCUCGGGGGCGCGCUGUCUUCCUCCGCGUCUUCCUCCCUGUCGGGCGGGCUCCCGGGGCUCACGUCCAUCCGCGCGCCACACGCCCUGAUGAAGGGCGCCCCGGCUGCGCCCCAGGCCCUGCAGCUGGGCCCCGGCUUCCAGCACUGGGCCGGGCUGCCGUGUCCCUGCACCAUCUGCCAGGUGCCCCCUCCCACACACAUCCCCAUCACCUCCACCGGCCUCACGAGACUCACGGGGGAGGGAAAGGACGGGAUGAAAUGAUGCGGGGUGUGUGACGCACAGACUG